AUGAAAGCCGCGAAGUUCGCCGCCAAGGCUGCCGCCAAGAAGGCGCUCACGAAGAUGGAUUCCCCGCUCGCGCUCAUCGCAGGUGUUACCGUUGGUGUGCUCGCGCUCGGUAUUGUCGUGCAAGUGUUGCUGAUUGUCGCGUCGUUGUUCUCGAGCAAGAGCGCGGCGAGCAGCGAGCGACCGAAGCGCGACCGAAAGCCGACGACCAAGGCGCUCGAAGCCGCCCCGGCGCCGAGAGCGAAGAAGGCUGCGCCGGCCAAGAAAACGUCCAGCUCCAACAAGGCUGCGCCGGCUAAGGCCGCCCCGGCCAAGGCCGCGCCGGCCAAGAAGACCUCCUCCAAGCCGAAGAAGGCGCCGGCGAAGAAGUCCUCCUCCAAGGGACUCGCGAGCCCGCGACGAUCGACUCGCACCCCUACGAAGAAGCGAUAA